AUACUCGCUGAGGUGUUUCGGCCCAAAAAAAAAAAGAGAAAAUAGUUGGCUUUCAUUUUGCAGAAGAAGACCACAGAAGAAGCCGAAGCGCAGAGAUCGAAUAAAAAAACAAAGAUUCUCCGGUAGUAGCAUUGCAGCUUAGGAGGAGGAGGAGCAAUGUAUCCUGCAGGUCAACAGAUGUCGUUUCAUGCGACUCCUUUGGCUGUACAAGAUCCAUCAACGAUGAUGAUGGUGGAUCCGAAAGAUGUAACAACCAUCCAGAACGGAGGAGGGAUAUCUCAGGCAGAGUUUGCUUUGUUCAAUUCCAAUAGGAUCCAGUCUGAUCUCGAAGCCAUGGGUAUCAAACUCAAACUUCACGAAGAUAGCUUGAAGUUUCUCAAGGCUCAGAAGAACAAGUUGGAUGAAUCAAUCCUCGACUUGCAAGUUCGUAUGAACAAACUUAAUCCUUCAGGGGCUACUAGAAGCGAGAGCAGUGACACCAAUCUUCAAGAUGAGCAGAUCCUUCUUCGCCAUCCAAACUCAGCUGCUGGAGUUUUAACUCAUGCUCAGUCUCUUCAGUCUUCUCAGAUGAUGUUGACUAAAGGUGUAGUUGGAGUUGUAGCCAAACUCGGGAAAGUCAAUGAUCAAAACCUGAGCCAGGUUUUGUCGGAUUAUUUAGGGACUCGUUCGAUGUUGGCACUUGUAUGCAAGGACUACGACAGUGUUAAGGGUUUAGAGAGUUAUGACAGCCAAGGCAACGUUGAUAGAAAUGCUGGCCUUCACGGCCUUGCCUCUUCGAUUGGCAGAACCAUACAAUCCCAUUUCGAUGCCAUCUCUCUCGAAAAUCUUAGACCGUAUCUUGGUCAGUACGUAGCUGGUGAUCCACAAAGAAGGCUUGAUCUUCUGAAACCAAAACUGCCUAACGGCGAGUAUCCUCCAGGCUUUCUCGGGUUUGCUGUGAACAUGAUACAAAUUGAUCCAGCUUACCUGCUCUGUGUCACAGCGUAUGGAUACGGUCUUCGUGAGACCUUGUUCUACAGUCUGUUCUCUCGUCUUCAAGUGUAUAGAACAAGGGCUGAUAUGAUUAGUGCCCUCCCAUGCAUAAGUGAAGGUGCAGUGUCUUUGGAUGGAGGAAUCGUUAGAACCGGCGGGAUCUUAACACUCGGAAGCAGUGAUGAGGUGAAGGUGAGGUUUGCAAAGCCAAGUGCUUCACGGGCGAUGGAUGAUCGUAGUGAGGCGGAGAGGCAAAUGAAAGAGCUGAGACAGAAGAAGGAGAAAACGCUGGAGGACAUAAAGCGAACGCAAGUGCUCCGUGAUCAUGCUGUGUACAACUUUGGCAAGAAAAAGGAUGAGUUUGUCCGAUUCUUGGCUCAGAGCUCAUCCCACUAAUACGAGCUAAUGAUAUCAGCCAGAUGCAAAGAGAGCAAGCAAGCAAAGAACCAUGGAGCUGUGAGUAAUAGUGGCUUUAAGAACUUUUUUUUUUCCAGUCUUAGUUUUUGAUAAGUGUAAACAUCCAGAGGCUUAGUAAGACUGGUUUGGUUUAGAUCAGUUACCUUUGGUUCUGUAUUUCUCUAGUCAUAUGUUUUGGUUUAACUCGACCAUGUACAUAUAAUGAUGGAUACUUUUGUUAUAUAAACUUCUUCACUG